UCAUUUUUUUGGGAUUCGGAGCUUUCCACGGCCACAAAAUCGUGAUUUAAUGGGAAUUGUGUGUGAAAAGUGCAUCCCGAACGGCCCAACCAGUGCAAGCAACCGUCUGGAUGCGACAGUUCUGGCGAAACGGCCAGUUUUCUUUCAUGGUUUUUAAAUUGUAUCGCCAGUCGUAGAUCCUACCGUCCAACCAAUAGGUUGGAUCGAUGUUUGGCUUGUCGUUAGCCACCGAGAUAUUUCAAGGUUCUACUGAGCGGACUUGGAAUUGUGUAUCGAAUUUGGUUCAUUUGAUUUGGAAUAAAGUCUACCACAUCCGGGAUCCCAUCAUGCCCAGAUCACGGAAGAGACACCACAGCAGGUCCAGAUCGAGAUCCGUCUCCAAUGACAGGUCCAAAAAGGAGAAACUGCAGAGGAAUGAGUCCGGAGACAGGGACCGGAAGAGGACCAAGAUCGAGCUGUAUGAAAACAGCCCACACCAGAAGAGAUCUGUUAGUGUGGAUCAAGACGUCAACAAUGAAACAGGUCAUGACAGAGACGACGUCGAAAUUGUAGAGAAAUCAGCCAGUGAAUCCACUGGCGAUGUCGAUUUGGAUUCUUCGGUCAUAUCUCAAAAUCUUCCAGACAAAGAAAAAGCAGGCGAUGUCGAUAUGGAUGCCUCAGUGGCAUCGCAAAGUCCUGCAGACAAAGAAAAAACUGCCGUUUCAGCAAAUGAUGAUAUGGAUGUUUCAGAAGCUUUAGAAGACAAUGACAAUAACUCCACAAGAGAUGAUUUGGAUGCAUCAACUGUAUCAGUAAAUGACAAAGAAGGCGAUGCGUCAGUGGAGCCUGCGGUGAAAGACACGCCGUCCAAAGUUAAAAAGAUCGAGGACAAACUAAAGAUUACCCCUAAGAAGGUAUUGAGUCCUAAACAAAUACAAAAAAAACUUGAGUCUGAAAAGAAGCGGGCUGAAAAACAAAAGGAAAAGGAAGAGAAAGAAAGACUGAAAAACGAAGAAAAGGAACGGCUUAAGCAGGAAAAAUUGAAACAAAAGCAAGAGAAAGAUGAGCAAAAAAAGAAAGAGAAAGAAAUGAAGGAACAGGAAAAACUGAAGAAAAUCGAAGAGAAGGAACAGAAGAAAAAGCAAAAGGAGGAAGAGAAAGAACAGGAGAAAAUUAAAAAACAGCAGGAACUGGAGGAAAAAAACAAAGAAAAAAUUAAGCAAGAAGAGCUGAAACAGAAAACUGCUUCGGCGUUCGUCAAUUUCUUCGCAAAGAAAGACACGUCAGUCGACACGAAAAAAAUCGAGGAGGCCGCCUCCGUUUUCAAACCAUUCGAAAUAAAGUCGGACAUGAGACUGCCUAAACUGCGUCGAGAACCGUUGAGCGAGUCCGACAAGCACAUUUUAAUCCAACUGUUGGAGAAUCCCGACGAAUCUUGCUCGUAUCUGAAAGAUUUGAAGGCAGGCAAAACGAUCGGUAAGAGCGAGAAAACUUGGCCGGUUGAGGAUGAAGGCAACGACGAUGACAUCGUCGUUCUGGAGGAAGAGUCGAACCUGGGCGAGUCUAUAUGCGAAGACAAGCCCAAGGCCGCCAUUAUGAAGGCGAAGUACUUGAAAUUCCACGAGAACCGCAGGCCCGCUUAUCACGGUACGUGGAGGAAGAAAAGCGCCUUCAUCUCGGGCAGAAAACCGUUCGGUACCGACAACAACAUGUUCGACUACGAAGUCGACUCUGACGACGAUUGGGAGGAGGAGGAACAGGGCGAAUCCAUCGCCGGAUCCGACGAUGAGGAGAAAGAGAACGAGCCCGAGGACGAUUACGAGGUGGACAACGAAUUCUUUGUGCCGCACGGCCAUCUCAGCGACGACGAAGUGGACGACGAGGAAGCCUCGAAACUUUCGCCUGAAGAUCUGAAACAGAAACUCAAAUUGUUAAAGGACGAGUUCGAUCAGGACAUGCAGUCGAAGACGCACAAACUCAAACCUAGAUCUAUUGGAUGCGUUUGGUUUAACAAGGACGGCUCGUGCGAUGAGGAGGCCAUAGAAAAGUAUUUAAAACCUUUAAAGAUGAUCACUAACGGGCAAAUUAUUAUUAAGAGCCGUGCGUUGCUGGACUUGGUGACCACCACCAAUAAAAAGAAACAAGCUUUACAAGAUUUGGAUCCGGAAGUUAUUAAAAUGUUUAUCAAAUUCAUUCACGGGAACACGAACAAGAAGAGAGUGUUAGUAGAAGAGUUUCUAACGUAUAUUGGUAAUGAAAAUUGUAAUGUGGAAGUCAGAAAAGGCAGUCUUUAUAAGCACUUAAAUCUUUUGGCCACCUGGAAGAAGUGCACGGAGGAAGGUCUCUUGCGUAAUAAGCAUUGCUGGAUGGUGGGUCAGGAUGUACAGAAAAAAUACAAGGUUGAAUUUAGCCAAAGGGCUCAUAGAUCGCGACAGUAUGAACGAGGUUCCAGCGCGGAGCGCCGCUACAAGCGCAGCAACAGACGAUCGCCGACGUCGAAGAAACGCCACCGGCACCGCCACGACCGCACCCUAUCGAGGAGGAAGCACAGCCGCCGCUCCUACUCCACAGACCAGGCCAACGGCAUGGCCAACUGGACAGCGGCGCAGAGGGUGGCCGCCGCCCGCAUCUUCGCCCAGGCGCUGCCCGCUCCCAUGGCGCCGCCGCCACCCCCGUCGCCCAGCCGGAAUCGGUACGACUACGAUGAUAGCGAAGACGACGACGACGACGACGACGACUGUUCAACCACAACCACUCAGACACCCACCGAAGAGAGACGUGCGUCUUCUGCACGCGUAUCUCCCGAGCGGGUAUCAGUGUCGCCACGUCAUCGACCGAUCAAUUUUCUUGUGCUGUGCGGUGCAACAAGGGCAUGCGAAAUACCAAUGUACAGCUCUGGCCUGUCCUAUAGCCGAUAUCGUCCAACCUAUGACGACACGGACCGCCUCGGUCGCACCACCGCCGGGGACUCAUGGCACUCGUGGUCGACCCGACCUUCGACAGCAUCGACCAAAACAAACUUAACCUCUCCCCGAGCUUCGGAUGCGUCCAUGGCUAGUCAUCCGACCACGCAGGCGGAUGCGGCCUCGCGAAGACCCCGGUACUCGCGCUCCUCCACCGCCAGCGUUGCCCAACUGUUAAGUGACUCGUGCACCAGCCUCCUGCAGAAACUCACGACCAGAGUGCGAGGUCCCUCUGCCACGGUCGAAAGAACUCUGGCCAACGGUUCCGGUGCGCUGUCGCAGCACCAUCCGAAUCCGCUGCAGACCAGCAAGAGUUCCACAGUGGUUCCUAAUCUGGGGGCGACUCGCACCCGCCUCGAGGACAAGUACUCGUCCGUCUUGGACCGGAUUUACGGCAGGAAAAAGGACCCGGAGAAGACAAUUGAACCCUCGGUCGGUCGUGGCCUCGCAAAAAGUUCGACCACAACCAACGUGCUGCUUGCAGAGAAACAGUACCCAUACGUAGCCAGCAAUGCCGUCCCGGCAACACCUGCACCCCGGGAGAAAACCCCCUACAGGGAAUCCCGAAUAUCCCAGAACCGGAAGAACUAUCCGGAACCACCGUACGCUUAUCUGGAUCGAGACUCCGCGUAUCGGGUCCGCCACAGAUCGAACCAUUCCGAGUUGAGGCCGCGACGGUCCUCCAAACCCCAACGGACUGGCAAAAGUGAAGUGAACGACCGCAAAACUGUCACCAAUCUGAAAUUAUGUCCGGUCGAGAUACCGCUGAACGACACGCACAAAGAAACCACCCCGAAACUCCUGAACGACGUGACGUUGAGCACGCUGAGCGCCGCGCCGCCGCCCACCACGAGCGACGACGACACCACACCGACACCCUCCGCCCCCGACACCCUGACGGAGCGGGAGGCCAAACGCAAAGAGAUUCAGAGCCUGAUCAUGAAAUAUUCGGCGUUGGACGAGGCGUACAACCGCGUUAAUUCGUCCGCCCAGGCGGCGGGUGGUGCGAGUGGCGUAACGAAAGAGGCGGCCGUCGCCUCGGUGGCGCCCACCACGAGCGUGGCCGCCGCCAUUACUAAGAAAUAUUACCCCAACCUAUCGGCUAGCUCGCGCGCGCCCUCGGUGGAAGACGAUGAAGAAGGCCAUCUCAUUUACCGUACGGGAGACACCCUACAAGAGAGAUAUAAAAUUCUUGGCACGCUCGGUGAAGGAACUUUUGGCAAAGUGGUCAAAGUGAAAGAUUUGGAAAUGGAGCACUCGAUGGCUCUAAAGAUUAUUAAAAACGUUGAAAAGUACCGAGAAGCUGCCAAACUGGAAAUUAACGUUCUGGAGAAGCUUGCUGAUAAAGAUCCUGAUUGUAUUCACUUGUGUGUAAAAAUGCUUGACUGGUUCGAUUACCACGGCCACAUGUGCAUCGCUUUUGAGAUGCUUGGCCUCAGUGUCUUCGAUUUCUUGAAGGACAACAAUUAUCAACCGUACCCAUUGGAUCAAGUGCGGCACAUCGGAUACCAGUUGUGUUACUCGGUCAAGUUUCUUCACGACAACAGACUAACGCAUACUGAUCUCAAGCCGGAAAAUAUCCUAUUCGUAGAUUCUGAUUUCGACUUAGUUUAUAAUAGCAAAAAAAGAAGAGACGUGAAACGCGUCAAAAGGACUGAUGUUAGAUUAAUUGAUUUUGGGAGUGCUACCUUUGAUCACGAACAUCACAGCACAAUUGUGUCGACUCGCCACUACAGAGCACCGGAAGUUAUUCUAGAGUUGGGCUGGUCACAACCAUGUGAUGUCUGGUCAAUUGGUUGCAUCUUGUUUGAGCUUUAUUUGGGUAUAACACUCUUCCAAACUCACGACAACAGAGAACAUCUCGCUAUGAUGCAACGAAUUCUAGGAGAGAUUCCUGUUAGGAUGGCACGCAAAACGAAGACCAAAUAUUUUUACCGGGGAAAGCUCGAAUGGGACGAAAAGAGUUCAGCUGGACGAUAUGUCAGAGACAAUUGUAAACCUCUAUUGAGGUAUAAACAGUAUGAUGAAUCCGAGCAUAAUUACUUAUUCGACUUGAUAUUCAAAAUGUUAGAAUAUGAACCGUCCGAAAGGAUAACAUUGAAGGAGGCUAUGAUGCAUCCGUUCUUCAACAAGAUACCGUCGCAUCAGCGUUUGGGCGAACAAUCGGGAGAUGUGCGACGAGAAAGAAGCUUAUCUUUGUCACGAUGAGAACUGGAUGCAGUUUUGUAAACGAAAUGCAAUUUAAAAUUUUCGCCAACCAUUUUUCUUUCGAUUCAUUCAUGCUGGACAAUAAUGGGUUUUAUUGUAAUUAAUUUGAAAAUAUUGUGAUUGCAGGUUUAUAUGAAUCUUUGUGUAUGUGUUACUUUUGUUCAGAUCACAGCAGUUGAUAUAAAUAAAGAAACUUUGGUUGUGUUUAAUUUAUAUUUAAAUUUUAAGAAGUAUUCCCUUAUAUAGGAAAUAUUAUAUUGAAGCAUAUGGACAAUGUAUAUGUAGUUUCAAAACUUUUUUUAUUUAUGCUCAUCAACAGUCCAUAGUUAUCUAAUUUUAAGGUAAUUCAAUGUAAACAACUUAUGAAUGUAAAUAUAUUUACGAAUAAACUCUAGUUUUUAAA